AUGUUAUUUUCAAUUUUUGAGAGAAAUUAUAACUUGAACUGUUCGAUUGAAGCAGACCAGCUCUCUGAAUACGAUGACGACUCCUCUGAUGACAAUGAUUCUGUCGUAUUAGGAGGGGAACGGACAUGGGACUUUACGGUAUUGCGGUAUUGGGCUUUUUUUCAUGCGGUAUUUCGAUAAUUUUAAUUUUAACGUGGGGUAUUGCGGUAUCAUCUAGCUCUGCGGUAUGCGGUUUUUCAUCAUUUUGGCUGACGGUAUUCGGUGAAAUAAGAUUGUUCACGGCAUUACGGUACCGUUUAUUUGCGCUUUCCUUUCAAUACAAUGAGCAAAACAAAACACAGUAGGACAUAAAGGUCAAUAAAAGUUAAUAUUUAGAAGACUUGAGACAUAAAGGUAAAUGAUUAAACCAUUGUGGGUCAUUUUGUGACAGUUAAUGGUCGAUAAUAUACAAUGUGAUUGUUGUUGCAUCCAAUGACAAUGAGUCGUCUCAAGUUACCUUACCACUCUUUUCGAUCUGUGUACCUGGGGGGUACUUGGGUUAAUGUUUGCUGGGUAUGUGCCACUGGCCUGUCAGAGCCCCUACCCCAUUAUAGUCUAUUUUUUGGUCAAUUAUAGACCCCAUCUUAGUCACUUUUUGGAAAAUGUAAUUUUCGCGAUCCCAACUUAGUCACUUCCUAUUUAUGCAUCUACCUUAUCAAUGUUGUUUCAAGCGACGGAAUGUAACGCGGUCAAUGUGAGCUUAUUGUUAAAUUUAAUAAACAACAACUUUCUGAUUUUUUAACCGAGAAUCUUCCCAUUAUGAAUCCCUACUUACUCCAAAAAUCAGAAAAUUUGCUACCCCAUUCUAGUAAAUCUAUUGAAAAUCCGACCCCAUUAUAAUCACUCCAGUCGUGAAAAUGCCACCCCAUCCAGCGGCACAUCCCCAUUAGCCUCUUGUAAGGGAGUACUCCCCCUGGGAAUUCGAGGUCUUACACGUUUUCUCACAAUGGCUGAGGUUGCUGAGGUAGAAGACGGCGUGGUCAUCAUUGACUGUGUGGCAAUUUUUUAUGAAGAGGGCGAAGGAGGCGAACAUUAUCGCAACAAGAAUAAGUUUAGAUGUCGGGUCUCGAGAAUUGACGCCUUGUAAAGUUAAAAGAGAAAAUUUGGUAAGUUUGCCUCUUACCGGCGUGUAAGUUGACCCCUGAGAGACUGACGUGCUAGACUAGACUCACUUAUCAAAACUCGCACUAGACGUGCGUGGAAAGGGUUUUGGCUGGUUUGUUUUUUGUUUUUGCGGAGAGUUAUUUUUAUUGGAAUUAAUUAGCUGUUGGGUCGACCUACCAAAAUGUAGUUUACUUUUCAGUGAAAAUUUGCGAAAAAUUUGCGAACUACCAAAAUAUUAAAGAAAAAAACAUGGACAUCUGGUGCAUAAAUGCCUGAGAAAAUUAAACGCGCUAGAUGGAAGCAACCAUAGGUAUGCGGAACCGAUUAUAAAUGUGAUUAAAUGUGCGGUAUCGGUAUUUGGACGAUUUUCGACGCGGUAUUUCGGUAUUUACCAUUUUGUCUUACGGUAUUGCCGUAUUGGGUACCCCCAGAAACCCAUAAGGGGUUGAAACGUGUAACUCUCAUACGUUGCUUUGUCCGAUGCUCAUGAUUAUUCAUUUUCGAAAGUACCAUAUUUGGAACGAGAAGAAGAGAUAACUGACCAAUCAAACUUCGUAAACAACGUGACGUAAUUUUACUUCAGGUUCCCGCGCCCUCUUAAAAAAAUGGCCGACAAACGGGGGGAAAAACUCCCAAAAGCAGAGAAAGCUUUCAAAGGUUGAAAACAGGAAUCGUACCGAAACACUGAGCAGAAAUAUAUUAUUGUCUUACCACCCGGGCCAAACGUAACAUUAUGAAACCCAUUGACGUCCUCGCAACUUCUUGAAGUUGUCACUUCAAAAAACGAUGCCUCGUUGACCCUCUGCACAGUAAACUUAUACUGCAAAUAGGUUUUUUAAAAUUCUUAUUUUAAAAGUCUAGAAUAAACAGUAAAUGAUAUUUUCGAAUAAAAUUCAUUAGCUGGGUAUCGAAAAGUGUCCAAAACCUGAACCUGACAUCUUCGCAAAAAGUGAUGCUUGUAAUUAAUGAAUGUGAGAAGCAUUUUAAAAGCUUAAAUUAAACUUGGAUGUUGAAGUCACGAUCGUGUUUUGAGCUAAUUUCAUGAAUGAACAAAUUCAAAACAAUAGACAGAGAAGCCGUUUCUUGAAAAUUUUUAUUCAAAGGCCAAAAAGUUAAUCCUUUAAAGCAAUUCGGAAAACACUAUCUGGAUCGUGGAUCCGUUCACGCAGGUGAAAUCGGCUAAGCACAUGGCAAAAUUCAACACAAAAUCCAUCUCAAAUCAGGGCACAUUUUGUAAUUUUUCUUUAGCGCCGAAGAGAAAAAUUUAUAAAACUUCUAUGAAACAUUUAAAAAUACAUAAAUUCCCUUUCAAAAACGUAAUUGUCUUGGCCAUAGAGUGCAAAAUGUACCUGAAAAACUUCACUGCCUUGGUUGUAUUUCAAAACAGACCAUGCGCUCCGUCGUGAAGAAAACAAGGUUGAAUUCCUCGAAGGACGAUUUCUUCAUGAAAAGCUUCCCUUCCUCCACAAAAAGAAAGCUGAGCAUUCUUUUGAUCGUUCUCUUUCUAUUUUUUGUCUUUUAAUGAUGUAUUUUAAACCCUGAAAUGCAGAACUCUUGUCGUAAAUCAUCUGCAUGGUGAUCGCGCGGCAGCCAUAAUUUUUGUUGAAAAUGGAUAUCUGUCACUAAGGUUUCCAAAUACUGAAUAUUCACGAGCAUUGAACGCGAGUUACACGUUUCAACCCGGUUAUGAGUUUCUGGUACCCCCAAUGUCCCCCUCUAUUAGAAGAACAUGGUGCCAAGCCUCAACUUCUAAACAAAGAACUCGGUUUCCUUUUCACAGCACCAAGAACAAGAAGUGGGAGAAUGGUGAGGACAUCGAACAAGGCAGUUCUUUGGCUGUAGUUUUAAACCAAAGUAAGAAAAACUGA